AUAGCAACGGAAGUGAGCUACGGGAAAUGCGCUGAUGUCUUUGCGAAGCCGUUUUAUUGUUAAUCGAUAUUUGCCUUAAGAAAAGCUGAAAAAAUAUAUAGUUUUAAUUAGUCGUCGACAGUUUGUACGUUUUACCGAAAUGGAGGUCACCGAUGAAGCGUUGAACAAUGAGAGACUGCAGGCCGCAGCGCGUUUUAAAGCUUUCAUGAUGAAGAACAGCACUAAAACAAACCUCAAUCUCUAUGAGCACCUCGUGCGACUGUUAACCAAAGUUAUGGACGAGCGUCCGGAGAACGCAGUGGAUGUGAUCGAAGACAUGAGUCGCGAGCUGAAAGCAAGCAUCCUUCAGGAGAAGCAGGACACCCUGCGUGACAGUGCGUGCUCGUCCGCGGCACUGUUACUGGCCGAGCAACAGAAGGCGCUCUUCACGCGCGCGGCCGGCGAUGAAGGGGAUCGUGAGGAAGAUCUGGUUGAGUCUCCUCUGCCGAAUGUUGCAGAACUCGCGUUCUUCUUUGAGCAAGCUGGUGUGGGUCUGGGCAGAGAGGAGAUGCAUAGAGUGUUUCUGGCUUUGAAGCAGUUGGUGGACUCACAGUGUCUCCUGCGCUGUCGAUUCUGGGGCAAGAUCUUCGGCACGCACAGCAACUAUCUGGUGGCUGAGGGGGAAUUCAGAGAGGGUGAAGGAGAGGAGGAGGAGGGGACAGAACAAACACAUGAGGAUGAGGAGAGGGAGGAAGAGCCACGGGAGGACAAGGACGAGACAGAACUUGUGGAAGCUGCUGAUCCUCCACCCAAAUCGACAUACAAGCCACCUCCACCAGUGCCAAAGGAAGAAAAUCACACUGGUGUGAACAAAUACACUUAUUUUGUGUGUCAAGAGCCCGGGAUGCCGUGGGUCAGACUGCCGAUGGUCAGCCCCGCUCAGAUCACAGUAGCGCGGCAGAUCCGCAGGUUCUUCACAGGCAGGCUCGAUGCUCCUGUUGUAAGUUAUCCUCCCUUUCCUGGCAAUGAGGCAAACUUCCUGCGUGCCCAGAUCGCACGGAUCUCAGCAGGCACGCAUGUCAGUCCUCUGGGAUUCUACCAGUUUGGAGAGGAUGAAGGGGAGGAUGAUGGCCUGCGAGACAGUUAUGAGGAGAAUCCUAACUUUGAGGGCAUCAAUGUAAAUGAGAUGGCUGAGUCUCUGAAUCUAUGGGUCCAUCAUGUACAGCAUAUACUUACACAGGGCCGCUGUGUGUGGGUAAACGUAACUAAGAAGUCUGCUGAUGACGUGGAUGAAGAUGCUGAGGAUGAAGAGAGGGAGGAAGAAUCUGAUGAGCCAGAGCCUGAAGUCGGGCCUCCUCUUCUGACGCCUCUGUCUGAGGACUCAAAGAUUAAUGACACCCCACCUUGGAGCACCAUGGUCUCCUCUAACCUCAUUCCUCAGUUUUCCAUCGCUGUGCUGCGCUCCAACCUCUGGCCUGGAUCUUAUGCUUACGCUAGUGGCAGGAAGUUUGGAAACAUAUACAUUGGUUGGGGGAUGAAAUAUAUCGGGGAGGCCUAUACCCCAACCAUUUUUCCACCACCUCAAAAUGAGUACCCCAGCGGGCCUGAAAUUACAGAGGCCCUGGACCCCAGUGUGGAAGAAGAGCAGGCUUUAAAAGCUGCUCUGGAGGAGCAGACAGCAGCCCUGGAAGAGACUGAGGAUCUGGAAGAAGAUGAGGAGGAGGAUGAUUAAAAUGGACCAAAAUAAACCUGCUUCAGAAGAAGCCUUCACAGUAUUCUUUGGGAUAAAGGUUCAAUUUCUUUGAAGACCAUAAGACUUGGGAGAAAACGUCUUAAGACAAUAAUGUGUAUAAUGUGCAUGUGACCUUCAUUUUCACAUAUGAAUAAAUAAUAAACACGGUA